AUGAGGACAGAGAAGGCGGAGGAAGAUAAGUGGGCUCUGGUUAAACAAAAGUGGGAGAAAAGAGAGAGUCCAAUGCUCGAUGGAUUGAUUUUCGUCGAACAAAUAGAGCAACACGAGAAGGUCUCGGAUUCGAGGGUAUGGGGAAUAGUGGUUCAGGGCACUGGAGCUGCUGGUUCACUUUGUUAUCUGUUGAAGAGUAGUAAAGUGGGUUCAGGGUUCGGGUCAAGGUGCACCCAUUUUUGUUUGGAUAGGGUUAACAAAGAAACUGCUUUCUCACAGCUCCACAGAUGUUGGAUGUUGCAGGAGAUAUUCCAAGAAAAAGAAGCAUAA